UGAACCGGGCACUAAAAAUACUGACCUCCCCGCCAACACCCCCCUCUCCCACCUUUCCUUUCAGUAUGGAGGAUUCGCCCUCCUUUUCAACUAAAGAAAUUUAUUGGCUAGCAUCAUGCUUUUGGGGCAUCAUCACCUGCAAACUAGUCUAUGAUAUAACAGGUUUUAUCAGCCCUUUUUGUUUCAAAGGAUAUGGAAAACUAAGUGAUAAAGAAAAAAUGGAAUGGAACAAUCGGGGAUUUUCAACUUUCCAUGCUUUAAUUGCAGCAUGGGCUUCUCUCUACCUCCUACUAUUCUCAGAUCUUUUUAACGAGGAUUCCAGUAAUGACUUGAUUGUGAAUAGAAGCUCUAUUAUAUCGAACAUGGUCUUAGGGUUCUCUAUUGGUUAUUUUCUAUCAGACUUGGCAAUGGUGUUUUGGCAUUUCCCAGCUUUAGGAGGUCUGGAGUAUGUCUUGCACCAUGGGCUAUCCAUGUUUUCAAUUUCUCUCUCCCUCAUGAGCAGUCAAGGGCAUAUUUACAUAUUAAUGGUUCUCUUUUCAGAGAGCACAACACCUUUUGUAAAUAUAAGAUGGUACUUGGAUGUUGCUGGUCGGAAAAGCUCUACCAUUUAUAUCUACAAUGGCAUUGCAUUGUUCUUUGGGUGGUUGAUUGCAAGGAUUUUUCUGUUCAUCUAUUUUUUUGCCCACAUGUUUAACCACUUUGAUGAGGUCAAGAAGAUAUUUCCGUUGGGGUUCUACAGCUUGCUCACUGUACCUCCGGUGCUGGGGUUGAUGAAUGUGGUAUGGUUUUGGAAGAUAGUGAAGGGAUUGAUUAAAACAAUUUCAAAAGCAAGACACUGAGAAUAAGAUCAAUCCGAAUUAAUAUUUAUUUUCUGUGUAAUGUUAAAAAAUUGAAGAAAAUCCAAUUAAUAUUUGUCUAUUGUGUGAAAUUAUAAAAUAAUAUGGAUAAUUGUGAAACAGUGAAACGUGGCGCCGACCGGUUAGAUAUAUGGCAAUGUCCAAGGUUUCCUCAA